AUGGUUCUAAACAACUCUCUUUUAUUUGUUCUUGCCUGUGCAGUUAGCUUCGCUGCUGCGGCCUCUUUCAACAACACCGUCUAUAUCAUCUCAAAUGCAGAGACCCCGUCGCUGCACCUGCCUGGAUUGACCCCCGUUGGCUUUGAGAGAUCGAGAAAUUGCUUGCCGGCUCUCCUAGCACCGUUGAAUAUUGGGCUUAUUGCUACCUGCGCCUUUGACAAAGACUCUGGGUUGUGUCCAGAGACCAUCGAGACUAUCACUCCUACGGCGCAGACUCUGGGUCUGAAUAUUACUACUACAUGUGGGGCGGGCGAGGAAGCAGACGAUGACUGCCUGCACGACCUUAUCCGAAAGUUUGGAAAAACUAGCACACAAUCCAUCUUGAUUGUUUGGGACAUCCUCGACCUCGACAGUUUAUUUGAAAACCUGGACAUCGAUGAUAGCACAGAAGAUGACAAUGACGAUGAUGACGACGACGACGAUACCCCUCAAACAAGGUUACCAGCGUCACCUCUCAAGGAUGCUCUGGACUCGAUGGGCAAGCACCCGGGUCAUUCAGGCGUUCUCUCAAGUCUACCAGACGCUAUUCCAAAAGAAACCAAAGGAAGCGAGGAAUUUCUUCUCGCAUCGUUGGAAGACAAGUCUAAAAUGACUUGA